ACAGACUUCUAGCUUCACUUGACACAACAGAAAAAGCGUCUCAGAGAGCAGCUGCGCAGAAAAGCAGCAGGAAUCAGCCCGCUGUCCGCAUAUUGCGCUCAGCCAACGGGAGCCGCGGUCGCUUACAUGCAACCCGUCUGCGGAGACAGACUGCAGGCUCAUAAAGACGAAGCGGAUUUGAAUUAAGCACCGGAUAACAGACAGCAACUGUGCAUCUUUCGGUGAGGGAGGGAGGGGGAGAGGGAGGCAACUGUUUUGUAUCUUGGAAGCCCUGGGUUAGGAGAGGGGGAGGAGGAGCGGAGAAUGAGCUAUUCUUGUACCAGCAGAGGCAACAGCCAGGACCCGUCAACCGCUAAGAAGCCUGCCGGUAAUAAUCCGGGCAGAGACACCGCAGGCACGGACAGCAGCAGUAACGGCAGCCCGAAGCAAACGGCGGCGAUGAAAGUGAAGAAAGGCUGCAACUCGACCGACGUGGGGGUCCCGGUGACCACGGAGGAGGACCUGCUCGGCAGCGCGGUGAUCACUCCGGAGGAUGUUCUGGGUUUGCAGAAGAUCACAGAGAAUUAUCUGUGCAGCCCGGACGAGAACAUUUACAACAUUGACUUCACCAGGUUCAAGAUCAGAGACAUGGAGACGUCCACAGUGCUGUUUGAAAUCACCAAACCUCCAUCCACAGACAAAUCAGGGGAGAAGAGGGACAUUGACCCUAACGCAGGCCGAUUUGUCCGUUACCAGUUCACCCCUGCUUUUCUCCGACUGCGGCAAGUUGGAGCCACCGUUGAGUUCACAGUUGGAGAAAUGCCGAUUGAAAACUUCAGGAUGAUCGAGAGACAUUAUUUCAGAGAGAAGUUGCUCAAGAGUUUUGACUUUGAGUUCGGCUUCUGCAUGCCCAGCAGCAAGAACACCUGUGAACACAUCUAUGAAUUCCCACCUCUCUCUGAAGAAAUCAUCAGAGAGAUGGUCCUGCACCCGUACGAGACGCAGUCCGACAGCUUCUACUUUGUGGACAAUAAGCUGGUGAUGCACAACAAGGCGGACUACUCAUACAACGGCGGGACGUAGAGAGGACGCGCUGACACGAGAGACAGGUGGAUGUACGGACUGACCAGAGGGACGAUCAGAGUGCGCUGGUGGAGUUAACAUCGUGUCAAUCCAGUCGUCCCUCUCUCUUUUCAUUUCUCUCCUUCUCUAUCUCUACGCCAUCCAGAGAACGCCCAUACAGAUGUGUCAGUUUCAAUCUGUGUGUGUGUCUGUGUCUGUGAGCACGUGUAAGUUUGGCAAACGCACACAAACGCACACACAGUUCACAGCUCGGUGUGGCGUCGCUGUAACAAAGCAUUUUUGUAACGUGAUAAACCAGCAGGUAAACAACUUUUUAGAAAAUAUGGGAUGGUUUUUCGCUCUCUAGCCACGUCAUGAAGUGAAAAAAGAGGAAACUCUGUAUCUUGAUAGAAAUUAUUUUUUUCAUUCCUGUACAUGUUAGGGUUAGGAACAAAUAUUGCAUCUAAAAACGUGUGUUUUUAGGACUUGAAUAACAGUUUUUGGGGAAAUGAUUUCUCAGAUUCAGUGUGUAUGUGUGUGUGUGUGUGUGUGUACUUUGUGUGACUGUGUGUCCAUAAGUAUGUCAGUUUGAGGCAUGAUGACUGGUCUGGUAAAAAUAAAUUAAUUUAAAUGUCAAUAGUGUGGUCAUCUGGUUUGCAAAGGUCAAAUAGAUUUCCAAAACACAUUAGCACAUUUUCUACACGUUGAGCUGUGGUUAGUUCAUCAGACCUGUUUUCUGUUUCCUUCUCCUGUUAUUCCUUAUUUAUUUCUGGAGUCGUGUGACCUGUGUUAACCCUAGGGCGUAUAUGUCUUUAUUGUAUUUGCUCGAAGCACAACAUCUCUACAGAGCCCACCAUCAGUCAAAUUGUAAAGAUGAGCUGAUCUGAUGUGACCAUAACCGUACUUUGUCAUUUGGGUACUAGUUGGACUUGCAGCCUCAUAUUGUUUUGUUUAGGUGAUACAAAGGUUGUUAAGUUGUGUGUCUAAGUUUUGCUGUUUGGAAACUCCUCCUAAGAGAGAAAGGGAAAACUUGCAUUUGUAAAUGCGGAUAUUUUUACAGUCAGAAUUGUGUUGCAAAAAGCAGAAAGAUUUGGGGUAAUGUAGCAGAAAUCACCCUUAAAUCUUGUAUAUUUUUUUGUUCUGUGUGCUGUCUGUUUCUGUGUCAGUGCUCGUCAUGACUCUUAUGUCCUUUUGCUGUGUCUCUGUCAUCUCAUUUCUGCCUCGUACAUUUCUGUCUCAUUGUUUUCAGACACAUUCCAGUGAGUUAGGACCUGAGUGUGUUGAUCUCUUUUUAUUUGAGGGCAUUCAUCAUACAGAGAAUCAGUAACUGAACUGACUCGGUAUGCCUCUAAAUCGUAAUAUGCACACUUCUCGCUGACUCAAAUACAGUAGUUCUCAUUUUUUUCUGCAAAUCUGCACAUACUGUUUGAUUUGAUGCACUUAAAAGUCAGUUUAGUGAUUCUGCUUAAAUUGCAGUAAACUCUGGUCAUCUGUGAAAAUGUGCAGUCAGUUUAAAAGAAAUUACUCAAAUGCACCUGUUGUGUGAUCAAAUCAAUGCAAAAAAAGGGUGGAAAAUUAUUCGGAUUGUCAUUGGCUCAAUGUGAUUAAAAUCUGGUGGACUGUUUUUUUGGGCCUUGUUAGUGACAGGGAAUAAAGUAGCAAAUGUGCUUAGGACGGGGCUCCAAUUGGACUCUGAUUGUUAAUCAGAGAUAAAAACCGAUUGACUUAAAUGUUUAGUUUUAAAUAAAAAAAGAACCGCAGAUAUGUAGAACAGAUUUAUUUAUAACUGAUUGUGACUCGUGAACAAAUUAUUUUGAACUGAUGUAAAGUUUUUGAAAUGUCGGUGUGACUGAACAAAAGUUAAAUCAAUAAAGAUUUACGGGACAUUUUGAAAUAUCACAGUGUGUUGACUGUUAAUAUCGUGGGUGUCAGCCAUAGACUGUACAUAAAGAUAGACAAUACGUCUCCACUUCCUUCCAAAGUUGAAGCCAAAAUAUCACAGAUAUGGUUGCUGCCAUCUUGCGCUGUUGAUGUCAUUAUGAGCCAGAGUCUACGCAGUGGUAUAUCGAGGUCCCACCCAUACAUUCAUCCGACCAAUUGCAGGCAGCACCAUUGAUUACCAUCACACACGGCUGUCAAUCAUGACGUCAAACCCCUUUUUACAGCAUCACAUAACUAAUUAAAGCCAAGAACAUCUGAACAUACAUCAGCAUGAUAACAAUAACCUAUAAUGACACUAACCAUCAUUGGGAAAAAUUUAUUUGACUUGUACUUUGAUCUUUUAGUUUGGCUCGUGUCCCGUCCACUAACAGAGGAGGCGGGGUUUAUGACUUACACUGCAGCCAGCCACCGCGGGGCAAUCGAGAUGUCACGGCUUCUCUGUUGGAGAGCUGUCAUGUUGUCCCUCUAUAUUAUACAGACUACAGUGUCAGUGAAAGAGAGAGUUUACACGUUGUUCACAUGAUAAUGCUUCAUUUCUAACCAUAAAAAAAGGUGUGGUACACAAAUGUUGCUGGAACAUCUCUUACACACGUCAAGUUUAUUACACUCACCUGUAAUAACCAGACUAGACAGUGACCUCCACUACAGUCGUUCACUGUCGUAUACAGCCUCUUAUCUCAAAGUUAAACCUUCACCAUCCUUUUCAUCUGUAAUCACUGUACCCAAUACUAGUAACACCUUCCUGCUACUGAUUAGUGCUUUCUUAAUGUUGGUUUUUUUAACGUUUGAAGCUCCUAUUGAGGUUUUUGAAUGAAGCUUCAAAUUCCUGCUGUCAUAUUUUAUGAUGUCAGCCCUCCCCACCCCCUAAAACAAAAUGAAAUAUUCUUAAACAAAAUCCUCAAUAUGAAUAAAGUGAUUCCUGGUUUAAAUAAGUUAGGCUUUUUUUAUUAGAUCAACUUUCUUUGAUGAAUAAAUUUACUUAAUGGUGCUUCGUGAAUUCCCUGUUAGUACAGGUGUGUGCCU